UUUUUCUUACCUGUAUCUGUUCCAGUCCCCAGUUGUCAUAUUCUCAGUGCCAGCCCAGUGGAACCGUCUAAGAAGAAUGAAUCAAAAUGGACCUUGAAGAUUGAUUACAUAAAGUCCACCGGUGAGAAGUCUUUGAAAAAGUGUACAACAUUGUUGCAUGGGUCAAAAGAAAAUUGCCAGGCUGGGGCUUCUGAUAUAAAUACGCUGGUCCAGUCAUUGCCAAACCGAAAGAAAAGCUUGCUUGUGAUAGUGAACCCUGUCAGUGGUCGAAAGAAAGGGUUAAAAACUUGUCAAAAAAUCCUGCCCCUUUUUGAGCUGGCCAAUAUAAAGACUGAAAUGAUUGUAACCAAAGAAAAAGGAUACGCAACAGAAUUACUUAAACAUAGAGAUCUAGACGACAUAGAUGGGUAAGUGCUUUAUUUUACUU